CCUCCUUCCACGCUCCUGGUCCUCUCCUUCCAUCUUGAUUCAAGUCGAGUCGUGCUGGCUGUGUGUGUGUGUGUUUCAUCCAUCCGAACACCCCGGGCGGAAUUACUCUAGUCCACGAGUGUCGACCAAACGCUGCCAUCGCCACCUCCCUCAUCAGGAGGCUGAACCACCACCCAAACACAUAACCAACCAUCACAAUGUCCGAACCCAACAGCCCCUCCGAAAACCCUCUCCCCGCCGAAGAAGUCGAAGAGACCCAAGCCCCGACCCCGGACGCCGCCGCAGAAGAACCCGCCGCCGCGGCCUCCAGCCCCGACGACAACGACAACAACUCGGACGAUGAGUCUAUCCUCUCGGAAGUUGACGAAGCGCAGUUCGAUGACUUCGACCCGGAGAAUGUCGACAUCGAGGACCGGCCGCAGCUGGCCAUCGACGAGGAUAACCUGAAGCUGAUCGGGCGGCACAAGCGCACGCGCGCGGAGGGCGAUGACGACGAGCGGUCGAAAAGGAAGCGCGAGGGUCGGCGUGAGAAGAAGAGUCGGCGGAUGCGCGAGCUGGAGGAUGGUGGGGGCAGUGAUGAUGAGAAGGCCAGUCGGAGGAGGAAGAGGAAGGAGGCGUCGCCUCCGGAUGAGGAGUUGUUGGAUCCUGCUACGAGACGGAGGAGAGCCCUGGAUCGUGCGAUGGACGAGGCGCUGAAGAAGCCCACGAAGAGACGGUUCCGCAAGGCGGACGGGAUUGACCUCGAGCAAAUGGCCGAUGCCGAAAUCGAAGACAUGCGCAAGCGCAUGACCCACGCCGCGCAGAUGGACGCCGUCAACCGCCGCGACGGCAAGCCCGCCAUGCACAAGCUCAAGAUGCUCCCCGAGGUGGUCUCGCUGCUGAACCGCAACCAGUACGUCAACAGCCUGGUCGACCCCGAGAUCAACCUGCUGGAGGCGGUCAAGUUCUUCCUCGAGCCGCUGGACGACGGGUCGCUGCCGGCCUACAACAUCCAGCGGGACCUGAUGACCGCCCUGGGCAAGCUGCCGAUCAACAAGGAGGCCCUGAUCGCGAGCGGCAUCGGCAAGGUGGUGGUGUUCUACACGCGCAGCAAGCGGCCUGAAGCCGGCAUCAAGCGCAUGGCGGAGCGACUGCUGGCCGAGUGGACGCGCCCGAUCCUGCAGCGCAGCGACGACUACUCGAAGCGGGUGUACCAGGAGGCUGCCUUUGAUCCUACUAAACUCACCGCGGCGCGCCCGCAGUCAGUGCAUGUCACUGCGGCCGAGGCACGCGCGCGCGAACUGCUGCCGCCGCGCCUGGCCAACCGCGCCCGCGCCGACAUCACGCACACGAGCUACACGGUGGUGCCGCGGCCGACGAUGGUGCAGGAGAGCAAGUUUGCGCGACCGUUGGGAGCCAGCGGCGAGGAUCGAUUCCGGAAGAUGCGCGCCCGACAGAUCGCAGCGGCGAAGGGGUCCCGGCGUUGAUUUUUUUUUUCUAUCCUUUUUUUGCUGCUUAUUUUGUGGCUGAGAAUUUUUUCUUCUUGUAUUUGUUAUCAUAUCUCGGAAGUCGGCGAAGUCGGCGCCAGGGGACUGCUUGUAUUAUUGGAUCAUGCCAUAGCGAAUGGAUGGGAUUUAUCGCA